AUGCCCGCCAUCCCGCCCUCCAAACUUGUUGCCCUUCAGUCGAAUGCGCAGAACAUCCGCAACAUAUGUAUCCUUGCACACGUCGACCAUGGCAAGACCUCCCUCACCGACUCCCUCAUUGCCACCAAUGGCAUUAUCUCUCCCAAGAUGGCUGGCAAGAUUCGAUAUUUGGACUCGCGGCCGGACGAGCAGAUCCGCGGCAUCACCAUGGAGAGCAGCGCAAUCAGUUUGUACUUCAGUAUGAUGCGGAGGCAACAAGAGAAUGCAGAGCCCAAGAAGGAAGAAUAUUUGAUCAACUUGAUCGACAGUCCCGGGCACAUUGACUUCUCCUCGGAGGUCAGUACAGCUUCGCGGUUAUGCGAUGCCGCCAUAGUGCUCGUGGACGCCGUCGAGGGGGUGUGCUCACAGACGGUCACCGUGCUACGACAAGUGUGGAUCGAGAAGUUGAAGCCUCUGCUGGUCAUCAACAAGAUUGACCGGCUGAUCACCGAGUUGAAAAUGAGUCCUGCCGAGGCAUAUUUGCACCUGGAAAGAGUUCUCGAAGGCGUGAAUGCCGUCAUAGGAGGCUUCUACCAGGGAGAGCGCAUGGAAGAGGACCUGCAGUGGCGCGAGAAACUUGACGAGAGGCGAGCAGCCAGAGAACAGCACAAGCAGGAUGCCCUGCACGAAAACACCACCGAAGCUGAAUUGGAUCAACAGUUUGAGGAGCGAGAUGAUGAAGACCUGUACUUUGCCCCGGAGAAAAGCAAUGUCAUUUUUGCGAGCGCAAUCGAUGGUUGGGCAUUCAGCGUACGACAGUUUGCUGGAAUCUACGAGAAGAAAUUAGGCAUCAAACGGACGAUCCUCGAAAAGGUGCUAUGGGGUGACUUCUAUCUUGACCCAAAGACGAAAAAGGUUUUGGGUCAAAAGCACUUGAAAGGCAGAAAUCUCAAACCUAUUUUCGUCCAACUUGUCCUAGACCCUAUAUGGCAGGCCUACGAUGCUACGAUCGGGAUCAACGGGGGACGUGGCGACCCAGCGUUGCUGGAGAAGAUCACAAAGUCACUGGCCAUCAAUUUGCCAGCUUACAUACUCAGGUCUCGGGAUUCAAAAGCUGUGCUACAGGCUCUAUUCUCGUCCUGGCUGCCUCUGUCGACGACUCUCCUUGUUUCUGUCAUUGAAUUGUUGCCCAGUCCCCCUAGCGCCCAAGCAACUCGGUUACCCGAGAUGAUAGAUGACUUGGUCAGCUCGAAAAGUAUCGGUGCCUCGGUGAGAGAUGCUAUGAUCAACUUCGACACCUCCCCUUCCGCACCAGUCGUUGCCUAUGUCAGCAAGAUGGUUGCAGUUCCUGAGAGUGAGCUUCCGUCGAAGCGGCGGAAGUUGGGAGCGACGAUGACGGCGGAUGAAGCCAGAGAUCUUGCUCGAAGGAAGCGAGCCGAGAUCGCCAGAGCGCAGGCUGAAGCCGAAGGCUCGUCUGGUGUAGACGGCAUUACCAAUGGGAUGAAUUCGACGAGGAUAGGUGAGGAGGCCGACGAGGACAACUCACCAGAACAACCGGAGGAUCCCGAACACUUCAUUGGCUUUGCACGUCUGUUUUCUGGAACGUUGUCUGUGGGAGAUGAGAUAUAUGUUCUGCCGCCCAAGUUCAAUCCCGCCUUUCCGCACGCCUCGCCGGAGCCGAGGAAAGUGCCCAUCACCGCUCUCUACCUCCUCAUGGGCCGCUCAUUGGAACCAUUGGAGAAGGUACCAGCAGGGGUGGUUGUCGGCAUCGAGGGUCUAGAAGGGCACGUUCUCAAAACCGGCACACUAUGCUCUCAGUUGGAGGGCGCUAUCAACUUGGCCGGCAUCACGUCACUGAGCCAACCGAUUGUUCGAGUGGCACUGGAGCCGACGGAUCCAACCGAUCUGAACAAGAUGAUCAAAGGGCUGAAGCUCCUAGAACAGAGCGAUCCGUGUGCAAUUUACGAGCAGAUGGCCAGUGGAGAGCACGUUAUUUUGACCGCGGGCGAGUUACAUCUGGAAAGGUGUCUCAAGGACCUGCGGGAACGAUUUGCCCGCUGUGAUAUCCAGCCAGGUGAACCAAUCGUACCAUAUCGAGAGACUAUUGUGAAGGCGGAAGAGAUGGAACCUCCAAAGAACAAAGAUCUCCCCCGAGGAACAGCCAUCGCGGUGACAGCGUCCAAAACAGUAUCUGUCAGAUUACGUGUGCGACCACUGCCACAAAACGUGACCGAAUUCCUUAUCAAAAACGGUGCGACGAUCAGGCGGCUUUAUGCAGAAAAACAGGCACAAGAAGAAGGGAACAAGAGCUCGGAAGAAGCUGCCAAAGACGAUGCCGCUGAUCUGCAAAUCGAGUCUGGUAACGAGAGGAGCAGCAUGUCGUUACAAGAGUUCCGGAAGCAACUGCAAGCUGCUUUCGACGAAGCCGAGGAGGACAGAGAAGUCUGGCAGAAAAUGGUGUCCAAGAUCUGCGCGUUUGGGCCUCGCAGGGUAGGGCCGAAUCUGUUCAUUGACGCCACCGGGACAGAUAUGUGCAAGCGUUUUUUGUUGGAGCAGUCCGAGGCUCGAAGCAAUCAAGAGACAAACGGGGACCAGAAUGGCACGCAAGAUCACUCUUCAUCCGCACAAGGAGCGCAGGACUUUUCCGACACCAUCGCCUAUGCCUUCCAGCUCGCGACCUCUCAAGGACCUUUGUGCCGCGAACCCAUGCAAGGGGUUGCGGUAUUCCUGGAAGAAGUCACGCAACAACUCUCACCCGAGACAUCUGACCCGACUAUCGAGUCUGGCCGGUUGACCGGCGAACUCAUUACCUCGGUGCGGGAAGCCAUCCGCGGCGCUUUUCUCGACUGGUCCUCUCGCAUUCUGCUGGCCAUGUACAGCUGCACCAUCCAAGCCACGCCCGAUGUCCUGGGCCGAGUAUACAGUGUCCUGACGCGACGACGGGGGUUGAUUCUCUCCGAAUCCCUUCUUGAAGGCACGCCAUAUUUUACCAUCGAGGCCAAGCUUCCCGUGGCCGAGAGUUUUGGGUUCAGCGAGGAGAUCCGCAAGCGCACGUCGGGCCUGGCGCAGCCGAUGCUGAGGUUCAUCGGGUUUGAGAUGAUUGACGAUGUCGAUCCCUUCUGGGUGCCCCGGUCGGAGGAGGAGCUCGAGGAUCUCGGUGUCCACGGCGAGAGAGAGAACGUGGCCAAGAAGUACGUCGACGCUGUGAGGAGAAGAAAGGGGUUGCUUGUCAAGGGCGCCAGAGGAGGAAGGGACGCUGAAAAGCAAAAGACGUUGAAGACAAAUUAG